ACCAUCAUCAGGCCCAAUCAAGUCAGUCGGUCUCGGGUGCGUAAUCGAUACGGUCGGGUCAAAAGGUGCUCCUGAUAAAUUUACGAAACGUGAUACAAAUCGGAACAAAAAAUGUAUCGCAGUGAUGCACAUGGUGAUGGUCGUUAAUUUCGAUGUCAACUCGUCAGAACCGAAAUUGGAUGAAAUUGUAAAAAAAUAAUCAACCGAUUGCUCAAAUCUUUCACAAGGCAAAUCGUUUCCAUUAGGCUUAAAACACGUUGAUCGAAGCCAAAGUAGUAGCGGUUCGUAAAUAAAAUAGGAAUUUCAAUUUUUGAAUUAAUUGAAGUGAAAUAAAUAUUCACGUAUGGUGUCUACAGUGCGAGUAGUGGUUUCGGUGACAAUAACGAAAAAGAGUGGCAUUGUUUGAACCAAAGUGGUUGUAGGCAAAAAUUGUUCUUGCGAAAGUUUGGGAUAGUUUUGAUCAACAUCAAAGGCUCUGAAAAAUGAAUGCUGGGUCCUGGUGCUACGAAGCAAAUUGAACUGAAGAUAUUUCAUCGAGUAUCAACUAAUCGGUGUUAAACGGUUAAAUAUUUCUAAUGAUUCUCGUUAAGAAAAAUUUACUACCAUAGGAGUGAUAUAUACAAACCUUAAGCUCGUUAAAAUUUCCUCUUGAAGAAUUAAGCAGAAUUGAUUCGCAGAAGACAAGUGUUCUCACAUUAGUUGUUUUUUUUUUGCACUUUAUUACCACUACUUGGUUAACCGUAACAGGCACUUGAUGCGUGAGAAAUCACAGAUGGUGAAGUCGCGGUGGUGAAUCAAUUAGGAUCGGUCCCAAGUGCGUUUAAUUGAAGUGCAUUUCAGCCUCAUUACGAUGCAAGUUAUAAUCUUAAAGUACGUGCAAGUGCUUUGCAUAACAGUGUUUUUCUCCAACAACAUCAACUGCGACAAACUGCUGGCCCACAAUGAACAUGAAGACCAACAACUGUACAGGAUUGCAUCCUGCGCUGCACGGUGCUUGGCAGACGGAGGAACCCAUACGUCCCUGGAAGUGUGCUACAAACUAUGCUCAGAAGAUAAGAUGGAGCAAAAGUCUGAGCUUUCCCAAAAUGCUGAUCUGGCUUUCAAUAUUCAGCUUAUUUGCCGAGAUAGUACAAGCCUGGUUAUUGAAAUUUCCCGGGAUCAGCUGCAGAAGUCGCCAAAAGCAGACACUUCUCCGCAUGCUGGUAACGGCUUACACCAGCAUGAACGCAAGACUCCAAAACAGCAUGCACGUAAAGAGAGCCGUGUGCGACGAGCGAGAAGAAGUAUUGCUAAAAAUCAUUCGAGCAUCCAAAAUCGUUACGAUAACACUUCAGGCAGCAGGGAUGUAAAUCAUUCUAUUGACCACUCCACUGCCCAUAGACAGGAUGUUGGGUUAGAUGGGACUGCACCGUAUCCAAAAUCAAUCCAAUACGUUUAUUUGAUAAAAGUGCAGGAAAGUGGAAACGAAUUGGGAGACAGGACUGUGUACAUGAGCAAUGCGUCGGUUGUGAAAAUAGAAAACCUUUCUCCAAACAAGCGGUACAACAUAACUGCGACCGUCCUCACCUCAGAUUUCGAAUAUGUUUAUGUGGAGAAGCGACCGCAGUUUAGGACACUCUCGGACGACUACACACCGGGAAAUAUUACCCAAAUCGAUGUCAUCAAGUUUGAUACAAACCACCAGAACAGGUCACUGGUGGACGCACUUGUUUCGUGGCAACCGGCUCCAGAUCAAACGUGUCACUAUGAAAUACUGUACUAUGGAGACCUUCUAACGGAUUUUCAUACCAAAGCUGUAGAUGCACAAAAGGUUUUGUACAGACACACUUUAACGGCCUUAGAUCUCGAUUCCGUAUAUUAUUUGGGUAUACGAGCAAAAAAUAUCCGAUAUUCUUCUAAAGAAAGUGAACUGAAAUGGCACACGUUCGAAACUCCAAAGUGUGGAGAUUGGCAUGAUAGUAGCACUGUUUGUGCGCCAGAAAGGAUAUCGAACGUUUCGGUGAACACAUUGCACCUUUCGGGAGACAACUACCAAUUCAAUAUCACGUGGAACAAGCCACGGUUCAACCCGGAUUACUACAUCGUAGACAUAUAUGACCUAUAUCUAGGGACGGACGAAGAAACAGGCAACUCGUUUAUGCGCAAUGCUGCAACUAGUUUACUGGUCGAGUCACUCACGAUUUAUGGUGCACGAUAUGAGGUUUCAAUCACAGCCCACGCGAACAAUCGAACUACUCGUGCAUCGAAUAUAAACGAUGCACCAAUCUGGCGCAGCCCUACCGAUCACUGGCACGGAGGUAGAUUGGCUGUUAUCAUCCUGAGUCCGGUGCUGACGAUAGGAUUGAUGAAGAUAUUUAUUUCCAUUAUUUGCAAACGACGAGCCAAGGUUAAGCGGUACGAGCAACGAUGUGAAUAUUUCAAGGAACUUGAACAGAAAGCACCUGUAGAUCCGGGCAAUGGCUUCGAAAUCAAGGUGAAGAGCAUUCAAGAAAUCUUGCAUCCUACCACAUUUCCGAGUGAUUUGAUUGCGCCAAUUAACGAUGAAAUGGAAAUUACCAUUGAUCAAAUCAGGCUGCUGGACAUGGUCGGGGAGGGUGCCUUCGGCAGAGUACGGAAGGGAAUAUUGCUGCAUCCACUGGGAACGUACACAGAAGUGGCGGUGAAGAUGCUAAAGGAAUGCCCCAGCUUCGAGGAUGUUAAAGAGUUUAGGCGCGAAAUUGAGGUGAUGAAAUCGGUGGGCGUGCAUCCCAACAUCGUGUGCAUUGUUGGUCAUUAUACUAAGAACAUCAAUGAAAUGAUGCUGCUGACUGAAUACUGCAGUGAAGGCAACCUGUUGAAUUAUUUAAGAUGUGAAUGGCAUAAAGUACUGCGCAACAGGGAUCGCACCAAUUUCAUUGCACAACAGAAGCAACAAUCAAUGUCCCCAACUGAGGAGAAGAGCGUCGUGUGUCGUUCACCAAGCGUGGAAUGCAAUAAAAAGCCUGAAAAUGUUUUUAAUUUCGAUGCCCCCUUUUUGCACGACAAAAAAUCGUUAGCAUAUAAAAACAUCUCGGAGCAUAGCUCACCGGGCCAGGCAGAUACCGCACCGGUGACGAAACUAACAGAAAAUAAACUAUACCGUCUGCUAAAUGACAACCUGAAUAAUGACGGUGGCCUUUGUGUGGAAAGCAAGACGAGUGACCUGAAGGACGAUAUGCAAAUAUGUACAAAUUCUUGCAAAUGCAAUGUCGAAAUACUUGAGUUGAAUGAUGACAGAGUGGGAGAGCCAUGGACCACGAGGAUACCCUGCAGCAUCAAGGUUUCCGGUUGUGAGUGUGGUAGCGUGGCCAGCGAAAGUGCAGUAAACGGACAAGACCAACUGUUAAAUUUGGUCGUUAAUAAAUGCUAUUAUAAGGAGCUGAGUAAUGACCAGCGUAACCAGAGUGAGGAAUGCAUUAUUACUAGCAAACAGUUGCUCGAGUUUGCUAAGCAGAUAGCCAUUGGAAUGGAGUUCCUAGCCCGCAAUAAAGUAGUUCACAGAGAUUUGGCAGCAAGGAAUGUGCUGGUUUGCUUAAAUAAAGUUGUAAAAAUUUCGGAUUUUGGCCUAAGUCGAGACAUAUACCAAGAGAAUCUCUAUCGCAAAACCGGAACCGGGAAACUUCCUAUCAAAUGGCUGGCACUGGAAUCGCUGACCCAUCAAGUGUACACAUCACAGAGUGAUGUGUGGUCGUACGGAAUUCUGCUGUACGAAAUUUGCACCCUUGGUGGCAAUCCGUACCCUUUGCUGUCCACGAACGAUUUAAUUAUGGAACUCAAACGAGGCUAUCGCAUGGAAAAACCGGACAGUUGCAGUAAAGAAUUGUAUGAGCUAAUGUUGUCCUGCUGGAAUGCUCUACCAAUCGAUAGGCCGACGUUCACCAGCAUCAACAGCAAACUCGAGGAGCUAAUGCAACAAAACAUAAAGACGAACAGGGAUCUGAUAAUUCUGGAUGCAAUCAUUGAUAUUCAAAGUACAAAGGCCACUUCGAGUGAGCAUUCUUACUUAAAACCAGUGGAGUAUUAGAAUGACCUGAGCUGCAUGCGAGCAAGACCAUGAUUUUAAAAUCUUUUGAGAACAAUCUUAUAUCUUGGAGAAGAACGAAUCCAAUAAUUAUUUUACAUAGUGAUUAUACAAGAAAUACAUAUUUUCGAACAUGUCUUCCUUAAAAA